GUGGUCUAGUGGUAAAAGAAAAUGCUUUUGGUGAGACAUACUUUUAAAACAGAAAUACACAAAAUGUACGCCUAAGAAUGAAGAACUUAUCGCGAGAGUGUAGAAGUCUCGUUGAGUGAAGAGUUUGUUUAGGUUUAAAAAGAAAAAGCAUCGCGUGAGUUAAGUUUCAGAAACAGAGGUGUAGGCGAGAAGAGGGAUCUUCUGUUUUUAGAAAAAAGGCCACUUACAAAGCUGGAAAAGAGAGACUCGCCUUUAGUGAGUCUGAGUUCUGUGUGGUCAGCAGGCGGCGGGGCUUCAUCAGCUUUCAGCUCCACCAAACAGCCUGUCCAGCAGCUGCACGUGCGCGCCGGAGGAACUAGCCAUAAGUUGCGCUAAGUUUAAAUGGGCGGGGAGGGGAAACGCUAGGAGCCAUUUAUAGACUGAGCGAGUGGAGGGAGAGAGAGAGCCAUAAGUUUCAUAUACUGUCACAUGGAGCUGUACAGAAGACCUGAAACCACGGAGAACCGGUUCCAUUCUUGAGAGCAGAAAAGGAGAAGAAGAGACAUCUCUCUUUGUCAGACACCGAGACUGAAGAGGCCUUAGAAGACAUCCCACUCCUCUCAGCACUUAUCUUUAAGAGACUGAACAUGGCGCCGUCUCUCUCGCAGGCCUUUAGGAGGCGCUGGUGGAUGGCAGUGACGGCGGUGAUAGAGAACCUGCUCUUCUCCGCUGUGUUGCUGGGCUGGGGCUCACUUCUCAUCAUGCUAAAGAACGAGGGCUUCUACUCACACCUGUGCACAGAAAAUGGAACAGAACAUCAUGCUAACAGAAGCUCUGAGGAAAGUUCAGAGUGGCUGAGCUGUGUGGAGCAGGAGGAGAUUCUAAACCUCGGCUUUACAAUCGGCUCUUUCAUCAUCAGCGGGGCCACUCUGCCGCUGGGAAUCCUGAUGGACAAGUACGGGCCACGCCCACUCCGACUGCUAGGCAGUUCCUGCUUCACCUUCUCCAUGAUUCUAAUUGCUGUGGCAUCAUACGAUCCUCCAGUAUUAUCAGCCCUCAUCUUCGUUGCUGUCUCCUUUAAUGGCUUUGGAGGAAUAUGCCUGACCUUCACUUCACUGACGCUUCCCAACAUGUUCGGAAAUGUGCGCGCCACCAUCCUUUCACUCAUGAUCGGCUCCUAUGCUUCGUCUGCAGUUACCUUCCCAGGAGUUAAGCUAAUUUACGAUGCAGGUGUGUCCUUCCAUGUGAUAUUCUGGGCGUGGGCAGGUUUGGCCUGCCUCGUCUUCCUUAACUGCUUUGUUAACUGGCCAGUGGAACCCUUCCCUGACCCUGAGGAGAUCAGCUAUAUUAAAAAAGUGAAGCUGAGAGGUGAAGUAACGGACGAUAAGGUUACAGGAGAUCGCUGCUACAGUCAUGUGACCACUGAAGGGCAAGAAAUCUCUAAAAAAGAGCUUUCUGAUGAACAUAUACACAGCAAUGGUGCAGCCAUACAGAGCCAGGGUUCACCUCCGUUCCGCCGCUCUGUGUGUUCACCGAUCUUCUUAUGGAGUUUGAUCACCAUGGCGAUGACUCAGCUCCGCAUUAUCUUCUAUAUGGGAGCCAUGAACAAGAUGCUGGAGUUUUUGGUAACUCACGGCAACCCCAACCCUCCAGAAGAGUUGGUCAAAGAGGCAGAAGAACAAGUCAGUUUCUAUUCGUCCAUCUUCGGCACUCUGCAGCUGCUGUGUCUGGUGACCUGCCCUCUCAUUGGCUACAUCAUGGACUGGGGAAUGAAAGAGUGUGAGGAGGAGAAGAGCGUAGUGGAUGGAGAGAAAAGGCCCCCCAAGAGAGACAGAAAGAUCCAGAAACUCACUAAUGCAAUCAGAGCCUUUAUCUUCACCAACCUACUGCUGGUUGGGUUUGGCAUCAUCUCUCUAAUAGACAACUUGCCUCUACAGGUGUUGUCCUUCAUUCUUCACACCAUGGUAAGAGGUUUUAUUCACUCUUGCUGUGGAGGACUCUAUGCUGCUGUGUAUCCAUCUAACCACUUUGGCACUCUGACGGGCCUGCAGUCUUUAGUGAGCGCUCUGUUUGCCCUGCUCCAACAACCACUCUUCGUCUGCAUGCUGGGUCCACUCAAGGGAGACCCUUACUGGAUCAACCUUGGGCUGCUUCUCUUCUCAUUGCUGGGAUUGCUGUUGCCUGGUUAUCUGUUUUACCACUGCAGACAGCUCAUUAAAGAGAAGGAGGUGCGGGACAAGGCAGCAAAUGCACAAUUAGCACAGGAGAUGGUCACCAUCAACCAACCUUCAAAUGGUGCUGCGAAGCACCUUUGCAAUGGACUUGAUCCAGACGAGGUUUAACAAAAAGAAUAACAUUGAAAAUUGUGACGAAGUGAAAAAAUGUGGUGGUGGUCUUCUUUUACUUUAGAUGGAAAAAGAACACCUGGAUUCCCUCUUUUCUCAAACCAAAGCCUAAACCAAAACAAAAAAGUAUUAAUGCAUGUUUUCCAGCUGAACAAAAGCUUUUUUGCUAAAUCUUUACAGAACCCUUCGAAUCCUGCCCUUCACUGGGACCAAACAAGGUCCAAAUAACAAAAAGUCAGCUUUGCUGCUGAUAAGAUGCAAAAUUGCACUGUUUGUGAAAUGAAUUAGAAAAAUAAUAUGCAUGCUCCUUUUAGGUCUCAUGACCGCCAGCAGGACAAUAUUUAUUUCAUAGCGUUGACUGGCUGAUAUUAUGAGCUACCUCCUCCAGUCAAGUCUCUCUACAGUUAAACCAUUUCAGCCAAUCAGCGGUCUGUUAGCACCAGGUGUAUGUGUGUAUUUUAUAGUGCAUUUUUAAUACAUGUUCAGGUCGGUGCUUCAGAAUGUAUUGAUUGUUUUUUCACGUGUGCAUGGGGCCUUUUCUUCAGUCAUUCUUGUGUGGAUCAUUAUUUGGCUGUGUGCAGGCACUGUCUAGUCUGUCACUAAAUCACCAUACAAGAAUUAUGUUUAUGUUUUUAGAAAUAUAAAACAUUUAUUCAAGAAGUGUUGUGCUGUCCUAGGACUUAUAGAUCAUUAAUUACUGUGAAAGCAACAGGAGCAGGCACUUUUAAGCUUUGAGCUUUUUCAUUGGGAAUAUUAUUGAGAAGGAUGCUCGCCAUGGUCUACGGCCCAAUCCCAUUUCACCCCUUGCCCCUACCACUCAGCCCUUAGCCCUGUUUUGUGCGUUCAGGUCUAGGGUUAGGGUGUCCCGAUUUAGUUGAGAUGGAGAGGGUAUGGCGACGUGUUCGGGCUACAUGGCCCUCCAAAUGGAGGUUUUUCAGAGGCACUCCAAACGGAGUGUUAUGAGAAAAAAAGACAAACCGGUAAGAUGGCUGCGGGAGCGACUAAAGAAACCCACAAAUGUGAGAAUUUUCUCCGUUAAAAUUACGAUAACCAUUGUAUUUUCUUAGUUAAUGGCGUUUCAAUGAAUUAUGGUCGUUUUCUUCGUAACAAGUAUAAAAAAUCGCUAAUAGCAUGCUAAUGUCUCGGUAGCUAGCUAGCUAACUUUCCCGUUCCAUCUUAAAUAGUCCAGCAGUUCCGACGCCUGAAGCGCCAGAAU